GCACGAUUAUCCAUGUAGAGAAUUGGGAUGUCAAUUCCACAAUUCGUGAACUUAAAGAACACCUUAUGGUGGAAUCGAAAGUACCGGUCGAAUUCCAGAAGUUGAUGAAUAAAGAUGAUGCUACCUUACAGCAAAGCGAAUUCAAGUCUAGAAUCAAAGUAACGCUGAUAGGAAGUUCACAACAAGAAAUUCAAGCAAUAAAAACAGCUGACGUGAAAUCAAUAAAUCAAAUAACGAAACCAAAUUAUUCAGUAAACCUUUACAAGAACAUAAAACGGACAGAGGGUACAUCAUACAGUAAAUUUACAUUUCAUCGAAUCGAGGUCAUAAACAGUUUUCCGAGUCAAGACAAAGCACGAGUGCUGCUCGAAAAGUUACGUGAUGACCGGGGUAUUCGUGCUAUCAUGUCACACUAUAAAUGGAGCGUCGGCGUGCUACGAGAGUUAUCACCGGCUGAAAGAACAAUAUUAGGUUUAAACCGUAAUGCGGGCCAAGAGAUUUCUAUAAGAUUGAGAACAGAUGACAUGGAAGGAUUUAGGAAUUAUAAUGAUGUUAGAAAAGUUUUGUUGCAUGAACUCACGCAUAAUGUAUGGGGUGAACAUGAUGAAAACUUCCAUCGCCUUAAUAGACAACUGAAUAAGGAUGUUGUGUCUAUGGACUGGACUGUUUCGAAAGGGCAUAAAAUAUCAAAUGACGAAUAUUAUAACCCCCCAGAAGAUACUGAUGAAGAUGAAUUAUACGAAGGCGGGACUUUCAUGCUAGGCGGAGAUCCAACACGAACCAAAAAUUUGCCUAUGCGAGAACUUUUAGCAGAGGCCGCGUUGAUUCGUUUAACAAAAGAGGAACAGGAAUUGAAUGAUGGAUGUGGUUCUGGGAAAAAAGAACCAUAA